GUUCUUCUCCUCCCAACCCUCUUUCUCUAUUUGCCGUCCCAGUACAGUACCUGCAGGUUCCAACCCAGUCAGCUCCUCUUCCUCCUCCCCUCCAAGCCCACCCCCCACCCCCACCCGACCGAUCCCCGCCGGUCCGCCCCGGGCGCCGCCGCUUCUCGCAUUCGCGGCAGUCCUUCUCACCGCCCCCUUCCCGGCGCCUUCUGAUCCGUGCUGUUCGUCCCCACGAAACUUGCUCCCUGUUGCCGCGGGCCCUCCUCACUCCCUCGCCGCCCUGAUCUCAGCCCCGAGUCCCGACCGUGAUCCGUCCGCACCCGCUCCAUGCCCGGCAGCGUUGAAUCCCUCCCCUGAAUGCCGCUACCUCCAAAUAGUUCUCCGCGUGCUGCUGGUUCUUGCGGAUUGCGCUGUCAGGUCUACUUAGUGGAGACGGUGCUGCAGAGUGUCCUCCAUUUUUUUUUCUCUCUCUCUCUCGCUCGCUUGCUCUGCUCUAAAGAUUUCGAGAGCAGUUAGGUAGAGUAUCUUCGAUUCUCCCUGAUAUUGUUUUGUUUAUUUCACAGUACUACGAAGUCUAUGCGCUCGAGAAAAAAUCGCUGGUAGUGACGGCAUCAAUUCUUGUGAUGUUUAUAUUUGUGGCUAGGACACUCUCACUAGUGCUUAUUCGUGUUUAUUACUCGACCUUGUCCUUUUCCCUUCCGCGUGCUGGUAUCAAUUGAUAAACUUGCGGUUGUUGUGAUCUGGGGAGAUCAGGAGUUUGUCUUGCCUUCUUGCCCUUGCUCUGCCAGUAGUAAGUGUCUGCCGUUUGGUUGAUUAGAACUCCCAAGUGUUCGUCGGUCACAUUUGUGUAGCUUUACUUCACUAGGAUAAAUAAGCUUUCCAAAAUUCUUAGACCAGUUGGGACCAAAAGGUAGAUUGUGUUGGCUAUUUGCCGGUAGGGCAUUGUGACUUGGCCAUGUCUUGCACCUCUCCAGAUCCACCAGACUACUGCUCAGCCGAGUCGCCUGAGCUCAAGCUGUACCAGGCCUUCAUCUUCUCGGUGCCUGUCUUCUUUACGUUCGUCUUGCUUCUCUUCUUCUACCUCUUCUACCUGAGGCGGCGCAGGGCCAAUUGGCAGUCCUUGCGGAUGAGGACAAAUAAUUUGAUACGGGGAGAUAAUGCCAGACUGGAGUGUGGUUUAAAGAAGGAGAUGCGGGAAAUGUUGCCAGUGGUUAUCUUCAAAGAGAGUUUCUUGAUCAGGGAGACACAGUGCUCUGUCUGCCUAGCAGACUAUCAACCGGAUGAGCGGCUUCAGAAGAUACCUCCUUGUGGACAUACCUUCCAUAUCAGCUGCAUCGACCACUGGCUCUCUACAAACACCACCUGCCCCCUUUGUCGAGUCUCGCUCCUUCCAGCCCCCAAAGCAACCAGCAUUGAUCUGGAUUUGGAAGCACAAACUGCUGUAGAGGAGUCUCUGAAUGUACAUCACCACCAGGAGGGGCUUGUUGACGGCAACACACCACAGGAAGGUCAGGCAGCCGAAGGUGAUGGAGUCGGCAGCGGUCAGGCUGAAGAGCCACACAGUGAUGUGGCCGAACCAUUGACGGUUACGGUGGUGGCUGAGCCUCAAGUUGACACUGAAGGUUCACCAAGUACAACCUGCCAAACUGUUAAAGCAAAGAAAUAAGUAUAGCUAUUGAUGUAUUACUAUUAGCAUUGUAUGUUUAGCUGAUCAGGAAGGAUAAACGCAUAAAGAUUGCCAUUAAUGUUGUGCUACCCAUUUUCUUGGGAGAAAGUAAGAGUUUAGUGCUGGAGAAAUAUUAUUGAUACAUACUUAACAUAACUGAGAUAGUAGUAGUACUAGUGACCUGUUUUUCAUUUGGUAAA